AUGAGAUGCUUGUUGCUGCCCUUCGUGCUGCCGCUGUGUCGCGCGCAGGCGUUUUGUGGCUGCGCGGUGCCCAGCGAGGGCCUGGUGACUGCACUGAUGCAGCGCCUCAGCGUGCAGGCGCCCUGGCUGGAUGGCUGGCAGGCCUCCCAUUUCGCGCUCAGUGUAGCGGAGCUGAGAGGACCAGGAGCCGCCUACGAUCGCCUUAGAUCAGCUCUGCUGGAGCGCUCACCAGCGCUAGUGCCAAGGGCGCAGGAGCGGAGUGCCCGGCGCCGAGGCUUGACGCAGGUGAUGGAGGAGUUGGAGCCCGACCUGCUGGCGCAGGCCCAGCGCCUUGCCUCGGCGCUGGCAAUUUUCGACGUCCACGACGCCGAGGUGAGAGACCUGCUGGCGCAGUGGCUGCUGAGGCCGCUGCCGCCUGAGACGCUGACAAGGAUGGCGUUGGACUUGGCGUCCGUCGGCCUGAGCGACCAGGCGCUUGCAUAUGCCUACCGCCAGACGUGA